CCUGCCCUCUGACCCUCUCUCCUCCCCCCACCCUCUCCUAUCCGCCCUUACCCCGAAGCCUCCUUCCCCCUCAACUCAUUCCACCCCCUCGACCAUGUUGCCACGUGUCCGCUGGCUCCAACUCACCCUCGUCGUGCUGUCCUCCGUCUCGCGGACCCGGGGGCAGAACUGCCCGGCGAACUGCAUGUGCCCGGACCCUCACACCGUGGACUGCCGCGGCCGGGGGCUGACCCGGCUGCCCAAUCAGAUCCCCUUGGACGUGCGCCGGCUGUUGCUGGCCGACAACUGGAUACCCCGCAUCCCCUCGGACUUCCUGGUCCUGUACAGCGACUUGGUCUACCUGGACCUGCGGAACAACUCCCUCUCCCACAUCGAACCGGGGACCCUCAGCACCGCCUCCAGGCUGGUCUUCCUGGACCUGGGGAGCAACAACCUGACGGAAAUCCCCAAGGGGACCUUCGGGGAGUCUCGGAGCCUCAUCAAGCUGCGGCUGGGCAACAACCCGUACCUGAGCGAGGUGAGCGAGGACGCCUUCCUCGGCCUCACGUCUCUGCGAGAGCUGGAGCUGGAGCGCAACGCGCUGUCCACGCUACAGGUGGGGGCACUGAGUCAGCUGCCCUCGCUGCGGGCGGUGAGGCUGGAGGGCAACCCGUGGGUGUGCAACUGCAACUUUGCCAACCUGUUCUCGUGGCUGAUGGAGAACAGCCUCAAGCUUCCCAACGGUGUGGAGGGCAUGGAGUGCUCGCUGCCCAUGGACGGCAGGCGCGUCUCCCUGAGCCAGCUCUCCAAGGACAGCUUCCGCGAGUGCCAGGCCACGCUGACGCUCACGGACCUGCUCAUCAUCAUCUUCUCGGGCAUCUCCGUGUCCGUGGUGGCCAUCAUGACGAGCUUCUUCCUGGCGUCGACCGUCCACUUCUUCCAGCGCUGGAGUAAAGGCGCCAAGGGGGAUGAGGAGGAGAGUGAGGAGUGAGGAGGGGUGUUUUAAAAACGUGCUUCAAACUGUGAGAGGACACCGCGGGCAGCGUUGACAGGUGUCCCGCCUCCGCCGUCGCCGCCUCCCUGGUGCACGUCCAGGACAGUUCAGGGGGAGGAUCUCGCCCCGGUAGGGUUACAGUGGUUUCCUUUUCACAUGUGAUACGGUAGCGAAGGACAUUCCCAAGGAAUGAGCCAAAAUAAUUAGAGAGCUUGCCCUGCUCCAGUUGCGAAAUGAUGAUACAAGAGAUCGUAUUUUUGGCGGUCGUCUUUUACGGCUACCGGUACACGGCUCAAUGUCGUAGGCCCGUGUAGACAUAGUGAGGUUAACAUCUUUAUAAUUAAAGAGUAAAAAUUAUCACCAAAAAAUAUUAUAAUAAUGUGACUGGGGUGCUUUCCAUUAGCGUUAGAUUGGAAUCCUGUAAAGUGAUGUCAAAGUUUUAGAGGAUUUUCAUGGUGGAGUCGUCUGUGUGGGGAAGAACCCGUAACCCCAUAACAACAAAAAGGAUGUCAUAUCGACCUUUGACCUCAGUAAUUAACUGCCUAUAUACCAUGAUAUCCUGCCAUUUACAGUGUUUUUUUGUUUUUUUUGGAGCCUCACUCAAAUUAAAAGCCACUACUGUUGGCAUAAACGGUGGCAGAGGUGUCCACUUGAAGGAGGGUUGGGAUAAAGGUGAGGUGUUGCUGCAGGUAGCUGAUAUAUUGCAGGCAGGAGGAGUUCCCAUUGGGUCUACGUGUUCUUUCAGCAGUAUAUUCGCAAUAUAAUCACAAAUGUAUGUACAAAAGAAAACAAUGUACAUUCAAACAAAACGUUUAAACCAAGAGGAUGUACUGUAUCUAUCCUUAGAUUGAUAACUGUUACCUGUGUAGAAGAUACAAAAAUCUUAAAUCUUAAAUUACGAUAUUAAAAUAGAAUCUACGUAGAAAUAUUGUGUCAAAUAACGCACUUUAUAUGGUGAACCUAAUAUUGGCAAGCGGCCUAAUUACACUAUGUAGACUGGUUUUGUCUUCAUCCGCCAAAGAGUAGUUUUAGGUGAGGGAGAGAUUGUAUACGAGGACUUAGUUGUGGAUCUUCUGUGAUUUUAGUUGAGCUAGGGAAGGCAGCACGGUAGCCAAAUCACGCUUUGUAUACUCAUAUUAUACUCAAACAGUUGUGGUCUCCAAAGAUGAGCAUUUCCUUCUAGAACCAGCUGUAUUACUUUAGCCUUUAACAUGGAAGACAUAGGUAUUCGCUGUCCAAGGGUGGUGGGCAAGAUGUUUGUCACUUCUAGAAUACAUAUAUAUAUAUAUAUUAACUUUAAGAAAUCCAGAAUUGAUAUGUCACUAACUCUCAAUCAGUUUAUUAGAUUUUAAAGAAAUAUCUUCUGAUAUUGUCGCAAAGCUGCAGAUUUGAUGUCCUGGAAAAGUCUCGUUAAAGAAAAGAAAAAACCCUCUGACUGUAUCGACAGCAUCAGCAUUCACGAGAGCGGCAGAUUUAAAAAAGCCACGCCCUGAAUAUUAUGGAUUCCGGUCCGUCGUUUGCCGUCCUGGAUGCUUAAAUCUUCCUCCAUUAGGAUUUGGAAGGCUCAAAGCCGGAGUAUUACACCGCUCAUAAGGUCUUAAGUUAUGUUAUACUGCUGCCCACAUUAUUGUACGGCAUGAAUAAAUCAGCGAAAUUGUCACGCCCAUAAAUGCAAACAAGAAGAUAGAAAAAAAGUUAUAAUUCAUGUGUGGUUAUCAAAAGAUGAAAAGGAAUUCCAAAUGCCUGCGUCGGAUAAGAAGAAUUCAUAACCCUGAAUAUGCAGCGUUAUGAAGUCCAUUAUAUUUUUUUGCAGAAACGAUAAAGAAAUAAAUAUUUAUUUUUGGGGUUAUUUUUCAUUUACCAGCAUCAAUAAAAGCACAAUAAUCUCACAGGAGCCAAAAAAUGUCCCCACUGUAAUGUUUGUUUCCAUUCAUAAUGUGUAUCGUCACAUAAACAGAGUGAGAGUUGAACUUUAUGGAUGUUUGGUUAUCUGCCAGAAUUCAAAAUGGCUGCCGGUUUGAACUGAAGACAAAAAUCAACUUAAAUUAGAAGAAAACGACGGACAGACUGACUAAUGCCAAUGAUUUCCAUUUGCGCCAUUUAAUAUUUCCUAUGGCAACAGAUAACCUGAAGCUAACGAAUGAGGGCGUAGAGGACUCGCAACGGAAGUUAUGAAAAGCAUUUUGAUUUCGUUAGCAUUCGAGGAAGCAAGUUCAUUACUUUGAGUGGUUUCUCCCGUCCCCCCCGGAUGAGAAACUGCUUCCUCCACGGACAUCUGGGGAGUCGAGCAAUCAGAGGGGAAAUGUUUUUAUACAUAUCAUUAUCAUUUCUAACUACUGUGUAGUUAUUGUAUAUGAACACAUUGUUACGUUAGCUUAGCCGUUAGCCCGAAAGCAUAUGUUCGCAUGACACUUCUUUCUCUUGCUCAUUUUAUUAAGUGACACAUAUCGGCACACUAGAGCAUGCACUGUCGAGCUAUCGGCAGUAUAAACUUCAGAUUCAUGUCUAUUUUUCUAUUAAAACCUUUCAGAAUGAAGACUUUAUUUACUCCGUCAGUCCCCCAAAGUCCCUUUUUUUCCGACGCCCUGAGAAACAGUUUGUCUUCGACAUUGCUUGAAAUACCAAAAUCCAUGUUCCCGUAUGUUUUUGUCAGAUAAAUGUCGGAAUGGCUCAAAUCUCGAGGACGCGACCGAAGAGCGCGACGUCAUUGGCUGCAGCCGAAUGCAUCUCCAAAUGUCAAAACAGACCGUGUGUGUGUGUGUGUGUGUGUAGCUGUAUAUUGAUGUUUGGUUAAAAGAAAUCUAAUAAAUAGAAGAAAUACA